AUGGCGCUAAGAAACGAGCAAUUUUCAACGGAAAAUAAUAAUUCGAAAGAAUUAAAAUUUGAAAAUUUAGAAGAAAAUAAUUUAAAAAUAAAUAAACAAAAUAAAAAGUAUUACACAAGAAGUUGUAUAGAAUCUGAUUUACAAAGAAACUUUGUCAUUAAUGGAAACAACGAAAGGAAGAAAUUUCUCGAUUCUUCUUGCUUCGACCCUAGUCAAUCUCGAGUCGAACUUGAAAAUCGAACAGACAUCGUCGAUUCUUAUUUCUUGAAGAAAAAUGAUAAUGGUAAAAAAAAUACAUUAGAAACAAUAUUUACGAAUACGAGAGGAGACGAAAAGUCAAAAAUGAGGAUAUUUAAUAGUACUUCGAAAAAGAAACUCAAAAGAAAUAAAUCCUUCAAAGAUUUCUUUGGAUCUAUGAUAAAGUGGAAAAAAUCAGAGAGAAAGGAGAGACCCCGAUGUUUUAUGUCAUGUGACCACUUACUCGAAGAGUUAGAAUCGUUUAGUUUCAAAAAUAAUAAAAAAUUGACGAAAGCUUCUUCCUUUCCAACUGUUGUUAUUCAAGAUUUUGAAAAAAAUUCCACACAGAACUUAGAUCGUAAGGCGACAAUUAGACCUAUUUACGGUGGAAAACGAAACGAACAACAUUUGGAAACAUUCGCAAAGAAACAAGAGAAUCGCAAAUUCUUCGUGAUGGAUGAAAGCGUAGAAGAUCUCGUGAAACCUUCUAAUAUUAAAAACAUAGUGAAGCAUCUUUCUCAAUUUUCACAAAAAUCAGGAAUUAAUCAUCACUUCAACGAAAAAAACGAACAAUUUAUUCAAAAACAUUAUUGA